ACAAAGUGCAGAAUCUGUGGUAUGUCGACAAACUAGAAUGAGUCAGGGUUGUGCUGCCACAUUAGUGUACACAUUAACACACCUUCUUCGCAAGAAUAGUGGGAAUAGGACGUAGGACGACCGCUUUGGAUCUACAGUCCAAGAGUCUGUUUCAUGCAGACUCCUCUCGGUGAAUGUACAAAGCAGCAGACCACAUAAAUCACGUUUAUGAAUGGAGCGUCGUUUGAAUUUCGGAAGAAAAUGCAGCGGACUCGCGGCACAGUGAACCCGCGCGCAUCGGAGUGUCCGCGCGCACAGCGCGUGUUUGACUGACGCUGUGCGUUCUGUCAGAUAGUUUUCAGUCGUCAACUUGUCCCAGCGCAUCUGUGCUUUGGGGAAGCGCUCUCAAACAACGGAAAAGCCUACCUGAAAAUAACGCUGAAUGCUAAAAGUGAUUGAAGAACGAGAUGGAUGUGUGUAAACGAGUGCUGAUUUUAUGGCUAACUUGUUCGCUCGGACCUCAGAUGCUGUCUAUCCAGAUGUGCGAGGUCAUGUGGGAGCUGGAGGCAGAAAAAAUGGAGUGUUUGUCCAGGCUGGAAAAUAUCACUGCAGGUUGUCCGGGUGAAUGGGACAUAGCAUGUUGGCCAUCAGCUAGUGCUGGAGAGAUAGUCACCAUCCCCUGCCCAAAGUACUUCAGCCAUGUCAGUGAUCAGAGAGGAAACAUAUCCAAGAGCUGCACUGCAAAUGGCUGGACAGAAAUAAGCCCAGUUGUUAUCGCCUUCAAUUGUGGCUACGACCCCAAUAUCACAGAGGAUGGAAACAUGGGUGACUUUUUUAGCUCUGUGAGAAUUGGAUACACCAUUGGUCAUGCCGUGUCUCUUAUAUCUCUCAUCAUUGCCAUCUUCAUACUGUUCUUUUUCAGAAAGCUCCACUGCACCAGGAACUUCAUCCAUAUUCACUUGUUCAUAUCCUUUAUAUUAAAAGCUAUUGCUGUAAUAAUGAAGGAUGUAGUUCUGUACGAAGUGGAGGAACCUGAUGAAUGCCACUCAGGAUCUGUGGGCUGCAAGGCAGCGGUGGUGUUCUUUCAGUACGGAGUUAUGGCAAGUUUCUUCUGGUUGCUAGUGGAGGGUCUUUAUCUUCAUGCUCUCUUGACUGUAUCUUUCUUCUCUGAGAGGAAGUACUUCUGGUGGUACAUUCUGAUUGGCUGGGGCGUGCCGGGUGUCUUCAUAACAAUCUGGAGCAUCACAAAAGCAUAUUUACAUGAUAUUGGAUGCUGGGAUUUUAUUGAUGAUGACCUUUGGUGGAUUAUAAGAACUCCUACUUUGAUAACAAUAUUGAUGAACUUCAUUCUCUUCAUUUGUAUCAUCCGGAUACUUCGUCAGAAAAUCAGCUGCCGAGAUAUCGGGAGAAAUGAGUCAAACCAGUACUCGAGACUGACAAAAUCAACUCUACUUUUAAUUCCUCUGUUUGGAAUAAAUUACAUUAUCUUUGCCUUUAUGCCUCAUCACAUACAGUCUUCUGUGCGUUUGGUGUUCGACUUGAUCCUUGGGUCCUUUCAGGGAUUUUGUGUUGCUGUCCUGUACUGUUUUUUAAAUGGAGAGGUUCAGUCUGAGAUCAAACGAAAGUGGAGGCGGUGGCACAUGCAGAGGUUUCUGGGAUCUGACACCAAGUACCAGCAUCCCUCAAUGGGAAGCAAUGGCAACAACUUCAGCUCCCAAAUCACCAUGAUGACCAAAUGUAGCCCCUCCACACGACGGGCCUCCGCCUGCCAGGAUGAUUUGUCCCCCGUCUGAUCGAUGAUGAGAGACCGAUGAGUCUGCGCUCUACACACACAAGGCGACAUCCACGUCUCAAUCAUCUCCAAGGUUGCAGCUCAAUUCCUGUAGGAUUCACAUCACAUCUCACUGCUCCGUAGGAAAGCAAGCACCUUUGUGCUCAUGGUGUUGGAUUGGCAUGCGGUGUACAUGAACGGUUAAGUCAUAAUUAUGGAUUUUUAUAGCCGUGAUCUCUUCAUAAACAUUCACCAGAAGAGAACUCAAAGAAGAGAAAUACCAGUACAAGUCAUGUCAUAAUGUAACUACUUUUGACAUUUGAAUGUUUAAAGCACACUACUGAUUCCAAACAGCAAGAGACACUUUUAGUUUUUAUUACAAAAAUUGCAUUCAGUGAGCACAUCCUGGAUCUUCAGUUCUAACUAAGCUAUACAGACUUUUGCUGAAGAAUACUGUGGACUGCAUAAAGGAGAUGGAUGUACAUUUGAAUUGUGGUUGCCAUCCAUAAACAGCCUCUUAUACACACCGGCACGCGCUGUAAUCCUAGGCAUUAGUGUUUGCUGUGUGUCUGUUAUGGCAUACUGAUCUGUUGUUCUGCUAUCCCAUGCCCUUAUUAUGCUGCUUAAGAUUCCUCAGACUCUUAAUAAACUGUAAAUCUGAA